AAUUUACUGCUCCGGUCUCAGUGUUUAAUGCCAUAGUAUUAGUCAUUAAUGAUUUUGAUUUAUACAAAAAGGGUAUAGCUGAUUAGUAAGAUAAACAAAGUUCCAGAUAUAAAGGGAAAAUGCCUACUGAAUGUUUUUCUUUCCCUCUGUUACAGUAUUCGUGGAAUACAGAUGAAGAGUAUCUCUUUAAGGCCAUGAUGGCUUUUGUCAUGCGAAUCUACACUAAAAAUAACACAUUUCAGAUUUCUAAUAUUGUGCUGUGCAAUUCUACAGAGAGAGUCGCAUUCUGGUUUGUAGUCACGUCUCCCUCCAAUGAAUCCGAUCCCUUGUCAUAUUCCGUUGUUGAGGCUGCAGUAAGAAAUGAAAGAAACCAGAUUAACAGUGCUUUCCUCUUGCAUGACAAAACCCUGGAGUUUGUUCAGAUUCCACCCACAUUGGCCCCUGUUUCUCAAGCCCUUAUUGUGUUUGGGGUGGUGGUUUGUGUUGUCGCUGUUGCAAUUGCAUACCUUGUGGUAUCCGGAAUUAUACGGCACAGAAAGUGAGUAACGUACAAUAUAAUAACAAAUAUUCUACUUCUAAUGGUAUAAAUGGUCAUCGCUGAUGACCCAUGAUUUUGUGCGCAUCGCUGGUCACCCAUGAUUUCCCAAACAGAAAAAAAUUCC